GGACUGGGGACUCGGGAGGAUGCGGCGCCGGCGCGGGCGCGGGCACAGGCCCGAGGGGCGCGCGCGGGGCCUUGUGCGCGCGGACGGGCGCGGGCCGGGCGCCCGGGUCUGUCCCCUGCCCGGGGCACUUGGUCCCCAGGCCCCGGCCGCCCCCAGCGCGCUACCGGCCCGGCCGGAGCUUGAAUUCCGCCGGCGGCCGUCGGUGAACUGAGGAAACGUGCAUCCGCCUGGCCGUCGCCGCUGUCCCUCGGGCGGCGGGCUCAGGGUUUGUGCACGCGCGGAGCGAGCUGCCGGCUUCUUCGCUCGGCAGUCAGGACUGGCGCGCGGGUCUGGUGUCUGUCCCGUUCCUCCAGGCGGCGGCCGCGGGAAAGCUGAUGUUUCCGCUCUCCGAAGCAGUGGUCUCUAAAAUCUGGAAAUCGAUUCCUCGACGGGAGGGGAGAAAUUGGGUGGGAAGAGCUGGAGGUGGAGACAGGUUGUCCCCCGGACGCGGGGAGGCUAGAGGAUGCUCUGGGGCGCACUCCCCGGCUGUGUGGCCCGCGGCGUUCGCUCCCGAUCUGCCCUCAGUUUCCCGAUCCGUAAGGUGGGGCUGCUGGCAGUGCCAGCUGUACUGCGGGACCAGCCGAUGCAGACGGUGCGUGGCACGCGGUGAGGCUCCGUGAGUCGCUGCUGCUGCUGCUGGAGUCCCAGGUCCCUUUUCUCUGAGCGAGGGAGGAGUUGGGGCCGCACCAGGACGGCCGAGCCCUUGUCUGGCCCUGUCUGCUCCCAGUUCCUCACCUCCCUCUCUGAGGGCGCGUGGGGUCGUUCUCAGGUGGGGCAAGGAUUUCAGAGGUGUGAUUCUGAGGGGUGGACAGCAGAAGGCGCUUCCUCCUGGCUCCCUUUUUCUUCUCUCAGACCUGCCUUCUGGAGUCUCCGCCCAUCCUCUGGGAAGAGCCCAGAAAGAGGACAUGACUGCUAAACAGAGGGAAGCAAGGUCUCAGGUGUCAGUGACAUUUGAGGACGUGGCUGUGCUUUUUACGCGAGAUGAGUGGAGAAAGCUGGGUCCUUCUCAGAGAAACUUGUAUAAGGAUGUGAUGCUGGAGAACUACAGUAACCUGCUCUCAUUGGGACUCCCAUUUUCCAAACCAGAAGUGAUCUCCCUGUUGCAGCAAGGAGAAGCUCCGUGGAAGGCAGAGAAGGAAAGUCCUGGAGGCUCGUCUCUAGGAUGGAAGAGCAGUCAUAAAACCACAAAAUCAACUCAAACACAAGAUUCUUCAUUUCAGGAACAAAUAAUGAAAAUAUCCAAAAAGAAUGGACCCUGGGACUUCAAAUCAGAAAAACCCUGCAUAUAUGAAGACAGAUUAGAGAAAAAGCAGGAGAAAAAAGAAAGUGUUCAGGUAGUUUCAGUCAGCCACACAAAAAUCCUCACUGCAGAAAGAAGACAUAAAAAUACUGAAUUUGGCCAAAACUUCAGCUCAAAUUCUGUCCUUGCUAGUCAACAGAUGGUUCCCAGGGAAAAAACACCACCAAAAUGUGAAAUACAAGGAAACACCUUCAAAAAGAAUUCAAAUUUAUUUAAUCAACCAAAAAUCAUCACAGCAGAGAAACGCUAUAAAUGUAGUAUAUGCGAGAAAACCUUCAUUAACACUUCAUCCCUCCGUAAACAUGAGAAAAACCAUAGUGGAGAGAAAUUAUUUAAAUGUAAAGAAUGUUCCAAAGCCUUUAACCAAAGUUCAGCUCUUAUUCAACAUCAAAUAACUCAUACUGGAGAGAAACCCUACGUGUGUAAAGAAUGUGGGAAAGCCUUCACUCUUAGUACAUCCCUUUAUAAACAUCUAAGAACACAUACUGUGGAAAAAUCCUAUAGAUGUAAAGAAUGUGGUAAAUCCUUCAGCCGAAGGUCAGGCCUUUUUAUACAUCAAAAAAUCCAUGCUGGAGAAAAUCCCCAUAAAUAUAAUCCAGGUAGGAAAGCAUCUGCUUGCAGUGCAUCCCUUCCUGGGUGUCAGAGAAUUCAUUCCAGAAAAAAGUCCUAUUUAUGUAACGAAUGUGGCAACACCUUUAAGUCUAGCUCAUCCCUUCGUUAUCAUCAGAGAAUUCACACUGGAGAGAAACCUUUUAAAUGCAGUGAAUGUGGGAGAGCCUUCAGUCAGAGUGCAUCUCUCAUUCAACAUGAAAGAAUUCACACUGGAGAAAAGCCCUACAGAUGUAAUCAAUGUGGAAAAGGCUUCACUUCUAUUUCACGACUUAAUAGACACCGAAUAAUUCAUACUGGUGAGAAGUUUUAUAAUUGUAACGAAUGUGGUAAAGCCUUAAGUUCUCACUCAACACUUAUUAUUCAUGAAAGAAUUCAUACUGGAGAGAAGCCAUGUAAAUGUAAAGUGUGUGGGAAAGCCUUCAGACAAAGUUCAGCCCUCAUUCAACAUCAGAGAAUGCACACCGGAGAAAGACCCUAUAAAUGUAAUGAGUGUGGGAAAACAUUCAGGUGUAACUCCUCCCUUAGUAAUCAUCAGAGAAUUCAUACUGGAGAGAAACCAUACCGAUGUGAAGAAUGUGGGAUAUCCUUUGGCCAAAGUUCGGCUCUUAUUCAACAUCGGAGGAUUCAUACAGGAGAAAAACCCUUUAAAUGUAAUACAUGUGGGAAAACUUUUAGACAAAGCUCAUCACGUAUUGCUCAUCAGAGAAUUCAUACUGGAGAGAAACCCUAUGAAUGUAAUACAUGUGGGAAACUUUUCAACCACAGGUCAUCCCUUACUAAUCAUUAUAAAAUUCAUAUUGAAGAGAACCCCUAGAAAGUAGGAUUGCAUGUGUGAAAGCCUUAAACCAAAGCUCAUCAGAAUGAGAGAGAUGUAAUAAAUGUUAUAGAUAUGAAAAACCUUGUAAUUUAGCUCUCAUCAGAUAUUAAAUUACAAGGAUAAACCUUGACUAUGUAAUAGAUAAUGAGGAAAGUGGAAAGUGUUCAUGCGUGUCAGACACUUUUUUAAAUAACCUGAAAUGAAGAAUUCACAACUGGAGACAUCGUGUAUUUGUAAAAUAAAAGAAUUGUUUUCUUCAUACAGCAGUGUACACUAGAUAUUAUAUGUGAUUGUCAUAAACAUCUGGGUGGGGGGUGUACACUGGAUUUCUCAUUAAAAACACUGUAUAAACCUAAUACUUUUUAAUAACAUUUUAUAGCAUAUAAAAGAUGUGAUCAAAGAAAUUAUACAUUUUUAGAGAAAAGGACCAAAUAAAAGAUCAAAAUGAACUGUAAACUACCUCUCAGUUUAUGGAGUUUGUCCUUUUCCUGACCUGAUGUCAAACUUUUUGCAUGGAUUUCAUUUAAAAAUAAAAGUCUCUUCUCUUC